AUGGCUUCCUUACACGCUCACUCCUAUCCGGCUUAUUAUUGCCUGUCAUUCGUACUUGGCAUUUUGACUCAUCUGUUUGUUUUCCGCCGAGGCGAAUGGAAUCUCUACGUUUUCAACAUCUUGCAAGCUUUUGCUGUCCUCGAAAGCAUUUUAGUCUACAUUGUUGCUCGAGCAGUCGAGGGUGGAGAUUACACUGUAUGGAAAGUCACUGCCAUAUCGUCUUACUUCACACUAUCAGCCUUGAUGGGUUUGUCAAUGAGUAUGCUCAUCUACCGCGGCUGGUUUCACCGAUUGGGUCGAUUUCCAGGCCCCUUUUGUGCCAGGCUGUCUAACCUGUACAUUACAUUUCACGCCUUCAAGAAAUUUCGCCUUUUUGAGGAGGUGCAGCAGUUGCAUAGAACAUAUGGGGAUAUUGUUCGGAUUGAUCCGCGUGCUUUGCAAGCUCUCCAUUCGAACAGCUCCCCUUGUACUAAAGGCCCUUGGUACAGCAUCGAACACCCUAUCAAAGCUCUACAGAUGACCAGAGAUAAAGAGGAGCAUGCCUAUCGGCGUAAGGCAUGGGACAUGGCUUUCAGUUCCAAGGGUCAGUGCAGUAUCUACGCCAGGCGAGUUGAGCAGAUAGAGGCAUCCCAGGGUGCACCGAUUGACGCAUCUUUAUGGUUUAACUUUUAUAGCUUUGAUGUUAUGGGUGACUUGGCCUUUGGAAGAAGUUUCAACAUGCUCAGAAACGGAACAGCACACCCAUUUAUGGAACUGGUCCAUUCUAACAUGCUAAUGGCAGGUUCACUGAGUCACCUGCCCUGGAUUUUUCCACUUCUUAAACGCAUUCCGGUCUUGAAUCAGAAGAACCUCGAGUUUCAGGGAUGGCUCAAGCAACAGGUCGACUGGAGACAGAAGAAUAAGCCAGAUCUGCCGGAUGUAUUUUCUUGGAUCCUAUCUGACUACGACGCUCUUAACAACCCGACUGCUCAAGAUACCAUCAACUUACGCGGAGACGCUCAGCUUAUCGCUGUAGCGGGCAGCGAUACUACAGCGUCAUCACUUGCCUGUCUUUUCUUCGAGCUCGCGGUUAACCCAGAAACUUGCCUUGAUCUCCAAAGAGAACUGGAUCAAUACUACGCAGAGCAUGGCAAACUAGACCAUUCAGGUCUGUCAAAGCUCAAAUAUCUGCAAGCUUGUAUCAACGAAUCUAUGCGACUCUACCCGGCUAUCCCGUCAGGCUUGCAGCGAAUGACUCCGCCUGAGGGUCUGGAUGUUGGCAGCACGCAUCUUCCAGGGGAUACUAUAGUGACAAUUCCAACUUAUACGUUCAAUCGAGGUAAGGGUGUCCGAUAA